UAUAUGCUUCCCAAAGCAUAAAUAGAUACCUACCUCUAAUCUAUAAAUUGAAAAUGGAAGCUUACACAAUGAAGUCAGACAAGUUUUUCGUCGGAUCAUACAACUCAGGCGACGGGAUUCAAGUGUAUGAGUUGGAUAGUCUUUACAUGUUACCGGUGAAAAGUAAGCACUGGAACUACAUUUAUGAUCUCAAUAUAAAGGCCGGGAACAAAUAUGAAGCGUUGAAGAUCGGGGACAAAGAGAUUUGGGGUGAUCAUUUGCAGACACUAACCAAUGAUCUUUACAACUCCGGGCUGAUGGUUAACCGUGAGGGCCUUUGUUUCUUACCAACCAGUGCAUCCGCAGCUACUGAGAUGCAAAUGGAGUACUAUAGGUUGUUUGAUCUCUAUGAUUGGUCUAAGUAUGGGGUGAAAACAUCGCUGACAACUAGAUGGGCUCGAAGAGAUAUUGUGUAUGGCCGUCCCUUGGAUAUAGUAGAAUCGAUGAAAGGGGAUGGCAGUGGUGAUGCCGGCGAGUAUAAGGUGGAGUUGAGGGAGAAGGAGAAGGAAUGGGGGGAGGAGAAGAAAAACUAUGAAGCGCGGGUGGAUCAGGUGGAGUACCAAAUGGAGGUGGGAUUAAGGAAGAAAAGAAUGGAGAUUGAUAGAAUGAAAGCGGAGUUUGAGGUUGUAGAAGGUAAAAGAGAGGAGGAAUUGAAGGAGAAAGUAGAGGAGAUGGAGAAAAUGAAGAGAGGACAUCAAGAGGUAUUGGAAGAAAUAGAGAUUAGAAAACAGGAAGAGUUGAAGAUGAAAGAUGAUGAGAUAAUUGAGUUGAAGCGUGCGAACAAGGAGGAGUUAGAUGCCUUGGAGCAAAGAAAGGGAGAAGAAUUGAUGGAGAAAGUCGAGGAGAUAGAAAAAUUGAAGUGUAUGCAUCAAGAGGAGGUGAACGAGGUGGAGCGCAGAAGGCAGCAAGAGUUGAUGAAGAAACAAGAUGAUAUAGAAUUUUGGAGGGAUGGCAACCGAGAUGAAAACGAGUACAAGAUGAGAAUAGUGGAGAAAGAGAGGGAAUGGGAAGAGGAGAAGGGUAUGCAUGAAGCGGAGCUAGAGACGGUGGAGGAUAAAAAUGAAGAGAUAUUGAGGGAGAAACAACAGGAGAUAGAGAAAUUGAAAGAGGAGUUAAGGGACACAAAGUGCAACAUAGAGGAGGAAUCGAAGGGAAAACGAGAGGAGAUUGAGAAAAUGGAGCAAGUGCAUAAAGACGAGUUGGAGGAGGCAGAGUUCAAAAAUCAGGAAGAGUUGAAGAAGAGUGAAGAAACCCUAUUGCAGCAUUUGGAAGAUUAUAAGAACAAGAGGGAUGAGGAGGCUCAUAAUUUCAAGGAGGAACUCGAAUUAUAUGUGUUUAGUAGGAGUGGGUUAAGCAGUACUUCGGAUUUUUUUUCCAAAAUGGCAGAGAAAAUGUGGAUUAGCAUAUCUCCAGUGAUAAUAAGUGUCAACCUGGAUUAUGAGCGUAGCAACUGGCCCCCUUCCGGGCCUCCAGACAUAGUUAUACCUUUGAGUUCAAUCGAGCCAGCUAAGUCGUCAACACUUCCGCAAAUAACACUUCUAUGUUCAUCAAACGAUCAUGAAAACAUAUAUUUUGACUGCAAAAAUUGGAGAGUUAUGGAGGUCGCAAUCCCCACAUUAAGCGAUAAAGAACUAGAAUAUAGACCUACAAGAUGGACUAUGGUUUACUACGAAGGCAGUUGUGAAGACUAUUUUGCAGAAUCCUAUUUUGCAAAUUCCUAUGACCAAAAGGUUAUCUUUCCAUCUCCAUGUCCUCCUGAAAACAUUAUGGACUAUGGCCCUCUUGAUCUAAAACAUAUUGUGGGUGUCGGUACUAGGUUGGUAUACUUUUACACUGCCUUCAACUUGCCUGGUGAUGGCAUGUAGACUCUGAACUCUUUCACCGCCCUCUCUUUCUCUCUUAAGAUGGUUGUUGAGGCAAUGGGCAAUAAGUGAAUAAGAUAAAGGUCAAAGCAUGUGUGCUUUUAACAUGUAAUAAUAAGUGUUUUUAUAAGUCGGCAUAUUAUAUUGGUUGGAAGGAAUAAAAUCAAGCGUUACUACACCAAUAGUGUACAGUGUGUUGAUACUUUAUAUAUGUCAAAAUGCCAACUAAAUUGGUAAAGUGUUGAAUACCCAAGAAAAUGUAUUGAAUUCCUAUUUAUACACCUAGGUGUGCUGUGCGCCAUUUUAUAAAUAUGUAUACUUUGUUGUAAUUCAAAUCCCUAAGUCCCUAUAAUACAUUGAUU